UCAUCUCUUCUUGGAGCCACCCACACACUCGAACAUUAUUUUAUCCGAACUGAAUUUUGAAAUUCUCCACUGAGCUGGAGAUCUAUAAAUUGAUGAAGCCCUCUGAAGGAAGAAGGAAGAAAGAAAGGAAAAACGAACAGGGCCAAUUGGCGCAGAGGUUUGAUUGAUAUGGGACUGUGUGUGUCAUCCCCUGUCUCUUCAGAGAUACAUAACAAUGAGAGCACUGACCAAGAGAUCUUCCACGAGAAUGCUAUCUACUGUGAAGCUGAGGGAAAGAUUCAUCUUCCUAAUGGCACUCAGGGCAUGGUUGGCUCGGUUUACUCGAGGACUGGAAGCAAAGGGCUUAACCAGGACUCCGCCAUCCUCUACCAGGGCUAUGGGAUGCACGAUGGAGCGUUUUGUGGAGUUUAUGACGGGCAUGGGAAGAAUGGCCACCUCGUAAGCAAUAUCGUCAGGAACCGAUUACACUCUCUCGUUUUGAACCAAAAGAACACCCUCGCAGGCAUAAAAGUGCCAUCGCUGCAAUACAAAGAAACUGAGGAAAUCACAUCGGAAGAAACCGAAACAUCCCGGAUGUGGAGCAAGGCAUGUGCGAGCGCGUUCAAGGUGAUGGACAAGGAGGUCAAGCUCCAAGAGAAUAUAGACUACUCCACAAGUGGAACCACCGCGGUGGUGGUAAUACGGCAGGGUGAAGAGCUUGUCAUAGCAAACCUUGGAGACUCAAGAGCUGUGCUUGGGAGAUUGACUGAGGAUGGACGGCUCAGUGCUGUCCAAUUGACUUCUGAUCUGAAGCCUAGUGUUCCAAGUGAGGCGGAACGAAUAAGGAAAUGCAACGGUCGGGUCCUUGCCUUGAAGGACGAGCCACACAUACAACGGGUGUGGCUCCCACACGAGGACAUGCCGGGGCUAGCCAUGUCACGUGCCUUUGGUGACUUCCUACUCAAGAAUCAUGGCAUCAUCGCCGUACCUGACAUCUCCUACCACCGCAUCUCUCCCGAGGACCAGUUCGUAGUUCUUGCCACUGAUGGGGUGUGGGAUGUGAUGGGCAAUGAUGAAGUCAUGGCAGUGGUUCGUUCAGCAAUGGAAGUCGGGAACCCCACGGCCAAGGCAGUCGUGGAUGCGGCGGUGUCAGCAUGGAAGAGGAAGUUCCCGUCCUCAAAGAUUGAUGACUGCACCGUAGUGUGUCUCUUCUUGCAAAAGACACAAGACAAGGACGCGUCCUAAUUUAUGGAACACAAAAACAUUACGAGGAGAUUUAUAUUUGCAUCUCCGUCGUUCGUCUACAGACUUGGAGGAGAAAAUACCGACAAAGAAGGAAAAGAAGGGAAAAAAAUAGAAAGGAAUGAUAUGAAGGACAUUUGGGGAAUUUUUUGAGCCCAAAGAUGUAUGUAUGAAGUGUAUCACUUAUCACUUAUCAGAAGAAAAUGGAUUAGCAGAUUGCAGAUCAAAUAAUAGUAAUGCAAUUAAAGAAAGUAAUAUAAUUGGAUAUAA